AAAAACAGUGUGGCACAUUGACGUUAAGUGGCUUGUUAGAUACAAAGUGUAAUCCGCAUGUAUCACAGCACUACGUCGUUGCAGAAUUAUUAUCUUAUUUAAGAUAUCAUAUUGAUGAUCUCCGUUUAAGGCCUAAUUAUAAUCAAAGUCACCUGUUUUUUAAACGCCAAGGACAUUGGCGAUAAAAUUCGAAUUGGCAAUUACGCAUCGGUCGACUUUAGUCGUAACCAGAUUGUUCGCAUCAGUAUCAACAGUUAAUAAUUAAAUUUUCUUAAGAUUCUUCGAGGUUGGAUAAUAAUUGUGAAACUGGUGCUCUCCAAAUAUGUACGAAAGUUUAUUUAAAAGCCCCAUGCAAAGGGUUUUUCUAUAUGGGACGUUAAAACGCGGUGAACCAAAUCACAAGUUAAUAACUAACGUCGAGAAUGGUUAUGCCAAAUUUCUGGGACUUGGAAAGACAAUAAGUAAGUAUCCUUUAGUUAUAGCCACGAGGUACAAUAUUCCGUUCACCUUGAAGAGGCCUGGAAUUGGGAACCAAAUCAUUGGUGAAGUUUAUGAUGUCGAUUCGCAAAUGCUGAAGAAACUGGACGAUUUGGAAGAACAUCCAAAUUUUUAUGUCCGAACGGAAGAUAAUGUCUUAUUAGCGCCAGAAAGUGAAAUUAAACGCGGAGAAAGUUUCGAAAGUAUCGGUGAUGCGACUAAAGUCUGGAUCUACAUUCUUGCAAAUUUUCGCGAAUCUUUAAUGGAACUUCCAAUGUACUCAUCGUAUAGCAGCGAAGGCAGCCACGGAUUAAAGUAUCAGGAAAGGUAUUUACGAGAUCCAUCUUACAAUCAUCGAGAAGAAGUAACAUCAUCUAAUAAUUGCAGCGCAUGAAAAUUUAUCUACACGUUCGUACAAGUCAUCAGAACCAUCAACAUUCUUUAAAUUUAUCAAAGUAUAAAUAGCUUUUAUCAUGUCAAUCUCAAUGCUAGCAUUAACUUGUUCUUUUUCUUCUUUAAUUUCAGUAAUCACGAGUGGGCAAAGCCUGAGGAUGUACUAUAACAUCUCAAAUUAUAAGGCAAACUACAGUUAUAUAUUUAUAUAUUAUAUACUAUUGGGUUGUAAAUAGAUAAUAAAAGUUU